AUGGCAGCGCAGUCGAAGUUACGACAUGGCCCGGACGAAGCACUCCGGGCCCUCAUAAACCGCCUACUCGAGCGUCUCCGUCGACGACUCAGAAGCACUCCGCCGGCACUACGCCUGCUGGCUGCAGUCCUGUUCACGCUUGGUCUCGUUGGUGGUGGUGUGGGCUCAUACAGGUGGUGGAUCGAUAGCCGCAAGNNGGAGAAAGAGACGGGAAGACGGCUGCUGCGACGCAACUCUGGUCUGAAGGCCAAAGAUGGCACACGAACCAUCUACGUCGCAUACAAAUCUUCUACUGCAAAGGUCGUCAUCAAGCCGACCAAGCCGACUACCUUUGACGCCCACCGUCGCUUGUUUCUACAACCACCUCGUGCUGUUGGUCUCAGUGACAGCAACCUGCCACAAGUCCCUCCUCUCCAGACCAAGCCAGGCCUGAAUCUCGCCUUCUUGCACCAAUUCCUCAGUCUGAUGAACAUCUUGAUCCCGCGGUGGGGUAGUAAAGAAACUGGUCUAUUGUUCAGUCAUGGUGUAUUCCUGCUUCUCCGCACUUACCUGUCCCUUGUUGUUGCCCGUCUGGAUGGUGAGAUCGUGCGAGACCUGGUCGCUGGCAAAGGCAAGCCAUUCCUCUGGGGCAUUACCAAAUGGUGUACCAUAGGAGCCCUGGCCAGCUACACCAACAGCAUGAUCAAGUUCCUACAGUCAAAGGUCUCAAUAGCCUUCCGCACUCGUCUGACGCGAUAUAUCCACGACCUCUAUCUCAACGACAACCUCAACUUCUACAAACUCUCCAACCUUGAUGGCGGUAUAGGCCAUGGAGCUGACCAAUUUGUCACUCAAGAUUUGACUCUCUUCUGUGACUCUGCUGCCAGUCUGUAUUCGAGUCUGGGGAAACCAUUCGUGGAUCUCUUGGUCUUCAACUAUCAAUUGUAUCGCUCCCUCGGCCCACUGGCUUUGACAGGCUUGCUAGCAAACUAUUUUGCUACUGCUACGUUGCUCAGAAGAUUAUCGCCUCCCUUCGGCAAGCUAAAGGCUGUUGAGGGCAAGCGAGAAGGUGACUUCAGAGCACUUCAUGCUCGCUUGAUUGCCAAUGCUGAGGAAGUUGCAUUUUACGGCGGCGAUCAAAUGGAGAAGCUAUUCUUAGACAAGGGCUUCCAAGAACUCAAGAGGUGGAUGGAAGGCAUCUACAGCCUCAAGAUUCGCUACAAUAUGCUUGAAGACUUUGUGCUCAAGUAUUCUUGGAGUGCCUUCGGUUACCUCAUCACGUCUCUACCAGUCUUUCUACCUACUUGGGCUGGACUUGCUGAGCUUGGUGACAAGAAGGUAGCACAGCCUGCUUCCGAAGCUGCUCUUAUGGCUCAAGCCCCAACAGACGAAUCUGGCAGCCGAACCCAGAAUUUCAUUACGAACAAGCGCCUCAUGCUUUCGCUUGCCGAUGCAGGUGGUCGUAUGAUGUACAGCCUGAAAGACCUGUCAGAAUUGGCAGGCUACACCUCUCGUGUGUAUACUCUGAUCAGCACUUUACACCGAGUACAUGCUUCUGCAUAUCACCCGCCUCGCAACACAUACCCCGAACUCUACUCUCUUGCCGACGCGCAAGGUACACUACACAAAGGCUUCUCGGGUGUUCGCUUUGAGAACGCUCCAGUCGUUGCCCCGGGCCUGUGGCCUCAAGGCGGCGAAGAACUCCUCGACAACCUCAACUUUGUCAUUCAAUCUAACCAACAUAUCCUCAUCAUCGGCCCCAACGGUGCGGGCAAGAGUGCUGUUGCCCGCAUCCUAGCCGGUCUAUGGCCCGUCUACCGUGGCCUGGUCUCUCGNCCCCGAAGUAUCGGUCAGGAUGGCAUCAUGUUCCUGCCUCAACGACCAUACCUCUCCCCCGGCACCCUACGCGACCAAAUCAUCUACCCACACACCGAAUUCGACAUGCGCAGUUCCUCACGCCGGGACUCUGAACUCGAGCAAAUCCUCACCGAAGUACGACUAGGCUACCUCCCUUCCCGCGAAGGCGGCUUCGACACGCGCAAAACAUGGAAAGAUGUACUUUCUGGCGGCGAAAAACAACGCAUCUCUUUUGCACGGUUGCUUUACCAUUCCCCUGCUUUUGCGGUUAUUGACGAGGGUACCUCUGCCGUGAGCAGUGAUGUUGAAGGUUUGCUGUAUGAGACUUUGAAGAAUAGAGGUGUGACUUUGCUUACCAUAUCUACGCGUGCGAGUUUGAAACGCUAUCACGAUUAUGUGUUGACGUUGGGGUUGGGAGCUCAAGGUGACGAAUGGGAAAUGCAGAAAAUUGGCACUGAGAGUGAGAAAGACAGUGUGGANAAAGAGAUUGCAGAACUCAAGGAACGGCUUGAGCAAGUUGAGGCUUGGAAACAAAGAAAGGCGGAGAUUGAGGCUGAGUUGGCGCAGGUGUGGGUGGAAGGUAGUGGUGUGUUGGAGACACCUGAGUAUGCGAGGGAUGAGCAACAGGACAAGCAAGAUGUUGCGGAAGAGGUAGAUGUGCUCGCAGACGAAGAUGGCGAGGAAGUCGCUCUAAGCGAGACUGAAACGGAGAAGGCGAGGAUUGAGAGUGCGCGUGACGAUACAGGCACUGAUGGCUACAACACUGACAACACCCAAGAGUUUGUCACGCCUGCCGCUACGCCUAUGGAAAGGGCAUCGCCGUAG